UCCGGCAAAUCUACAACCACAAGAACUGUGGCCGCUGCAUUCUACAAUGGGACGGGCUUAACUGGCCGGGGAUUCUUGUCUAAUGAAUCAUGUCUUUGAGGCACGUUCUUCUUCAGCUAAUUGUCGGAACCCACGACAUUUGCUUCCCACACUGGCAAGAGACUUGGUUGAUGUGAUUCCUGAAAUUAGACAAUCUGUAUGCGAAGCUAUCAAUGGUCAUCAUGAUAUUCAAGACCAAGCUUUGGAGCACCAGUGGAAGCAUUUAAUCUUCAACCUCUUAAGAUUACUAAGAACAAGACCCCCUUUGACAGUCGUCUUUAUUCUCGAUGCCUUGGAUGAGUGCCAUGCUGGAACUCGAGACGGGCAUGAUGAUAUUCAAGUUAUAAUCAGGCUUCUUGGUCAGUACCAACGAGGAUCGGCUCAAGGUUGCGUCCAUUCUCAACAAAAAUACUGGCUCUCCUUCACAGAUGGAAGAGAUCACAGGCGAAGGACCCUUCCUACGCGAUGGCUGGGUGACAGAGAAUGGGAGGAAACUGAUACACCUUCCUGAUGAAUAUAAAGCCACCCGUUUGGCCAUUCACGGUAAUAAGGUCGCUAUGACUCACUCGUCUGGACUUGUUACUAUCAUUGGACUCAGUGAAACCGAGGAUAAAACACUAUGAGGUUGAUUUCAAGUAUACUCUGUAUCUAAGUCUCACAAUGAUUUGUCUCUCAUAUAGCCAUUAGUCCGUACGCAGAAUCCCUCUAGGGGCCACUUCUAGGAGAGCGCUGAUGCAAUCAUAAA